AUGGCACCGGUAAUACCGCCCUCAGAUCGCAAGACCCUCGCGAAGCUCGCAAGGCACGCUCUGGUGACAGCCGGACCAGCGCUGGCGCAGCCGCACCUGCACCACCUUUCGCGGAGAGGCCUUUCGGUGAAUCACACACAGGGUGUAACGUUGGGGGUUAUAGCGGCGUAUGUCGUAAUUAUCGCACUACUAUGGAAUAUACCCUACGUCCGAUGGGUGCUCUGGCCGUUUAAGAUGCUCGUCAUCGCCUUUCACGAAUUCGGGCACGCAAUAACAGCAUGCUGCACGGGUGGACGCGUAGAAUCCAUUUCUCUCGAUCCGCAUGAAGGCGGCGUCACGCACAUGCGCGGUGGCAAGCAGGCCAUCACCCUCCCGGCCGGCUACCUUGGAUCCAGCCUCAUUGGGGCCCUGCUCACCUUCUGUGGCUUCAACAUCGUAGCUAGCAAAAUUGCCAGUAUCGUGUUGGGUGUUUGCUUUUUGCUAACGCUAUGGUGGGCGCGGAAAGAUUGGCUUACGAUUGUGACGAUUCUUCUUGCUGUGGGAUUGUUGGUUGGUUGCUGGUUUAUUAAGCAUGCGGAGCCGUUGCGAUUCGUUGUGCUGUUCAUCGGCGUCAUGUCCUCGCUUUAUAGUGUCUGGGAUAUUUGCGACGAUCUCAUCUUACGAAAAGUAAACUCAUCUGACGCCAGCGUAUUCGCCAAACGGUACGGUGGUUCCUCACACUGUUGGGGAAUCAUCUGGUCCCUAAUCAGCUUGUUCUUCAUGAUUUGCGGCAUUCUCGCGGGGCUCGCGGCGUUCAAGCAGAGUUUCGCACAGCAGGAGGACGACUCCAAGGACUUCAUUCCGACUGUGAGGAUGCUGUUCAAGGUCUAA